GUUAUAGCAGUGACAAUAGCAAAGAUGGUUUCCAAGGUAAUGAUUUUAGUUGCUUUGGUGGGUGCAGUGUGCGGUGAGCACGCGUUCUCCUCCCAGCACAUCCACAAGUACGAUGGUCAUCAUGAGCCCGUACACCACGGACACCAUCAUGAUUACUAUACCCACCCUAAAUUCGACUUCGAGUACAAAGUGAGCGACCCCCACACCGGCGACCACAAGAGUCAGCACGAGUCCCGCGACGGUGACGACGUUAAGGGAUAUUACUCGCUGCACCAACCUGAUGGCUCUAUCAGACACGUCGACUAUCAUGGUGAUCAUCAUUCUGGGUUCCAUGCUGAUGUGAAAUACAGUACUCACCAUAUUAUCCCUCAUCACCACCAUUACUAGAACUCCUAAUAACUCUAACCUGAAAUAAUUUUUUUUCGAUAAAUAAUGAAAUUUAUGUUAUUGUGAUUUAAAAGCAUAUUGUUAAUUUUUUUUUAUUAAUCUUGUAAUGUUCAACCUCAGAAAAGAGAUUCAGGUCUUGAAACUGCAUUUUUAUGUUCGUUAAGAAGCAGAUAAUAAAUCGCUUUCAAUGUUUAUGAAGGAAAGCAUUACGGAAUUUUGUUGAGGGGCAACAUUGUAUCAUUUAUUUAAUAAUAAAACAUACGAUCAUCCAAA